AUGUCAAACAUAGAUUCAGUUUUAAUUAUCGGUGGUUCUGGCUUCCUUGGAUUGCAUUUAAUUCAGCAAUUCUUUGAUAUAAAUCCCAAACCAGACAUCCACAUUUUUGACGUUAGGGACCUCCCUGAAAAACUUUCGAAACAAUUCACUUUUAAUGUAGAUAACAUAAAAUUUCACAAGGGUGAUUUAACAUCCCCAAAUGAUAUGGAAAAUGCUAUCAACGAAAGUAAAGCAAAUGUUGUUGUUCAUUGUGCUUCUCCAAUGCAUGGUCAAAAUCCAGACAUUUAUGAUAUAGUGAAUGUUAAGGGAACCCGUAAUGUGAUAGACAUGUGCAAGAAAUGUGGCGUUAAUAUACUUGUAUAUACUUCCUCUGCAGGUGUUAUCUUUAACGGGCAAGACGUGCACAAUGCAGAUGAAACCUGGCCGAUCCCAGAAGUUCCUAUGGACGCGUAUAAUGAGACAAAGGCUAUCGCCGAAGAAAUGGUCCUGAAAGCAAAUGAUCCAGAUAGUGGUUUCUAUACUGUUGCUCUUCGCCCAGCUGGUAUUUUUGGGCCAGGUGAUAGGCAAUUGGUUCCUGGUCUAAGACAGGUUGCGAAAUUGGGACAAUCGAAGUUCCAAAUUGGUGAUAAUAAUAAUUUAUUUGAUUGGACUUAUGCUGGCAAUGUUGCCGACGCUCAUGUCUUGGCUGCACAAAAGCUUCUCAAUCCAGAAACAAGAACAGCUGUCUCUGGUGAAACUUUUUUCAUUACAAAUGAUACUCCCACUUAUUUUUGGGCCUUAGCUCGUACUGUAUGGAAGGCAGAUGGUCAUAUUGAUAAGCGUGUUAUUGUUUUGAAAAGGCCGGUUGCAAUUUGUGCCGGUUAUCUUUCAGAAUGGGUAUCCAAGAUGCUGGGUAAAGAGCCAGGUUUGACCCCAUUUAGAGUCAAGAUUGUGUGUGCAUACCGUUAUCAUAACAUUGCGAAGGCCAAGAAGUUGCUAGGCUACACACCAAGAGUUGGUAUUGAAGAAGGUAUCAACAAAACGUUAGCUUGGAUGGACGAAGGUUUGUAA